UAACUUUACUAUCAUAUUUUAAAUUCAUAAAUUGUCUGCUACAUUCAGUCUUAAUUAAAAAGUAGAAAAAAAUUAUUGAAUUAUUGGCAACAAGGAUAAGAUUUUUAGUGAGUGUAGGGUUGAAUUAUGGGGGUUGAUUAUGUAAGGAAAGAAAAUAAAUAAGAGAUAUUUUAUAAUAUUAUAAUAUGUCAUUAUAAAGAUUUUUUAUAUCUGAGUGUACAGUAGUGAGCUCGCGAUGUUGAUAAUAAUAGGAUAUAUAUAGUAGACAAAAUGAAAUAUUUCGGUAAAACGAAGUAUGUAAUGAGUGCGACUGCGCGUAUUUACUCCCUCUACUUGUUUUUAUCUUGUUUUGUUGCUUUAGUUAAUUAAAUUAUUGAUAAUAUUUAUUACAUUAAUUUUAAUGAAGUAUCAAAGGUUUUAUAAUAUUAUUUUAUAAAUUUGUCUGUUGAAAAUAAAUGUAAAAAGUAAACAACCGGUUUCGUACAAGACCCUUUCGAUAUAAUUUAUUUCAGGUCAAUUGACCUUAGUAUUGAAGAAAUGAAACGGUCUUUGGUUAGUAGAUAAAAAAAAAUAUAAAAAAUUUAAUCUUUAGGAAUCAGUCAUUGGGACGGAGUAAUAAAAUCCAGUAGAGUUUAAGCUGAGUAAUAAUUAUUUUAAAAAUAACACAAGUUGAUUAUUAUCCAUAACAAUCUGCUGGGGAAAUAAUUGUAAUGGCAUCCAGUGGUGGAUUAUUCGUAAGUGGAACAACUCCUGCUACAAAACUUGGCUCUCGUUAUCUCAGUUUGAGUGAUCAAUUAUCAAAACGUCUGUUACAAGAUAAAUUGGAGAGUUCUAUGAAAUUCGAAGUUGAUGACGAGGAUGAUGAGGACGAUGACAAUGAUGGUGAUGAUGAAUCUUAUUUAAAUGAAUCAAAACCAUUAUCUACUGCAAUAAAUCAACAACCAGCUACCAGAGUACGUUCACACGCCCGGAGUCUCAGAGCGAUGGCCAAUCCAAGUGCUGUUUGGGCACAUUUUGAUUUGUGCGUUGAAGAUCCACUUCGUGCCCAAUGCCGCAUCUGUGGAUCUGUUGUCGUACGAGGUGGUGCUAAUCCUCGUCAAUGCGGUACGACCAAUCUUCAUCGACAUCUAAGGGUCCAUCAUGGUGGUAGACUUAUAGGCAGACGAUAUCAUGUGUUACAAUCUCACACCCAAGGAAUUCCGACCCAACCAAAACCAGUGAGAUUAGCACAACAAUCUGCAAUCCGUCAACAAGCAAAAAAUAGUCUACGUACAAAAAGUUAUCAAUCCCAACAACAACAACAUGAACAACAGCAAAAGACUGUUGUUUUAAAAACAAUUCCGUUGAAAGUAAAACAAGUUUCAUCAGCUGGUACUGGUAAGACGUCAUCAAAGUCACAGCCAGCUGCUAGAAUACCUCAAAAUACUACUUACCCUCAACAACCCACUGAGGUUUGUUUAAGGUGGAAUAGUUACCACAGUAACAUGCAGAAUAGUUUUCCAUCACUUUUGGAUUCUGAAGAAUUUGUUGAUGUAACUCUUGCCUGUGAAGGACGUUCACUAAAGUGCCAUAAAAUGAUAUUAUCAUCUUGCAGUGAUUAUCUCGCAGCUUUGUUACGUGAAAAUCCAUGUCAGCAUCCAAUUAUUUUGAUGAAAGAUUUAAAGUUUUGGGAAGUUGAAGCACUUGUUAAAUUUAUGUAUCGAGGAGAAGUUAAUGUUGCUCAUGACAAACUUCCUCAAUUAUUAAAUGCCGCAGAAGCACUUCAAGUUAAAGGUCUUGCUGGACCUUGUCCAUCGCAGAAUCAAAAACCACCAAAUCUUGUACCUCAACCUAAGAAAACACAAUCAACACCGCCUCAGGUAUCAAAGCCUACACCGGAAACCAAAGAAUCUAAAACCUCAGCAUCAAUACCCUCAUUAACUAGUCCAAAACGCGUGCCAAAACGUCCACAUCCACAUCCAGAAUCUAAAGAUGUAAUUAAACCACUUACUAAAAUUCGUCUUCAAAGAACAACAUCUACCUCAUCACCGCCAGCAGUCAAACUAGAACCACUUGAUAUUCCUCUAAGUCCAACAGAUAUGUUUCCUGAUAACAACGAUGACAGUUCAAUAACAAAUUAUGAACAUUUGAUGAGUAUGCAUGAAGAUGUCCCCGGUAGAGAUGAACCACUGGAUAAUACUGAUGGUGAUAUUGAAUUUUGUUCAUUAUCUGGACCAUCGGAUCUCAAUGACGGCGAUGAAAACAUGGAAUUUGUACCAACAGAUUUUUUAGAUCAAGAACAAGAUAUUGUUGAAGACGCUGAUGGUGAUUGCAGUAAGAGUAGUAAUGAAGAAACAAGUGCCAAGGAUAUCGAACUUAAAGAAGUGGAUGAUGAAAUAGAGGACAGAGAAGACGGCGUUAAGAAUUAUGAUGAUGGUCAUGGAUGUAAAGCUGAAAUAACGUGAAACUUUUGUUGAUAUAAUAAUUAAUAUAAGACUUUUUUUUAUUUAUAUUUAUUCGAGAGGUACAAAUUAACGCGUUAGUUUUUUCAGUUUUGCUUUCUUUUUUUUUAAUAAAAUAUAUAUAAGUAAAUAACUCUUUAUAGCAUUUUUUUAAUUCGUGUAUACUAAUGAUUGAUUUCAAAUACUACACUGUAAAAAAACCGGGGUAAGUCCAGGCGGUAUAGGUGUUAACAUUAUCGUAGUAAAUAUUCUUUCCGGUGUUGAAAAUAUUUUAUUUUGUGAAUAUUUUUAUUUACUCGAUCACUACAGUUAGACAGUUUUUUUUAUUAAUUAAUUAAAUUAUUGGUGAUUGAAAUGGUGGGAACAAAAUUGUGUAAUUUUUAAAUAAAUGACGUAUAACAUACUUAUUUAAAUUACAUAGCAAAAUUUGAAUUUCCUGCAAAUAAUAUUCAUUCAAUUAUUAUUAUAUUAUUUUAUAAGUAAUACAUUUUUUUUUCUAAUUUCAGUACGUAGAAUUUUGUUUACACCGAUUUAACACCACUUACACCGGAAGUAUUUCAUUUUAACUCGUAAUGUUAAAUUGAGUCUAUUUUUAACAACGCUCUUUUUGCAGUGUAUAGUUAGUUUAUCUAUUUUUUUUCUUGUAAUAAAUUAUAAAAAUAUUUGGAAUUUUUUUUCAUUUAUUUAAAUAUGAUUUACAUUUGUUAAUUGAAAAUUUUUGAAACGAAUUCAAAUACUAUAUUUUUAAAAUAUAUUUAAAUAGCAUAUUAUCUGAAUUAAUUAACGGUAAUCAAUUUUUUAUGCUUUAAGGAGUUAUAAUUAUAUACUUGUUGCCAUAAUUAUUAUCGAUUUAGAUUAUUACUCAAUCGAAUUGCUUUUGUGAUAAUGUUUUUUUUUUAAAGAUAGUCACAUUUCCAAAUACUGAACAUUUUAUAACCAUUCAAAGGUUUAUAAUUUAAUUAUUGCUUAACUUUUUUUCUUAUAAAGAAUCAUCUCAGGAUCAUUAUAAAUAUACUCACAAAAACAAAAGUAAAUUAAACUUUAAAGAAAACAAUGAGACCACCUGUAAUUUGAAAAAGAUUUUAUUUUUAACAUGAUUAUGAGUGAUGUGUGUGUAUAAAAAUUAUUAUAUUAAUUAUUAAGAAUAAAUGUAUGAAUAAUUAUUAAUAAGUAAUUCUUUAUGAAAAAAUUAUUAUAAAUUUAAAAGUAAUUUAGAGUAUAAAAUUUUAACUUUAUUCACUUGAUAAAUUUGAUAUAAAAUGAUUCAAUAUCUUUAUAAAAAUUAAAAAUACGAAAUAUAGGUAAAUUAAAAGAC